AUCCAGACACAUUACAUACAGACAAACUCAAACUCAAUCAUCAAAAUGCCUUCAAGCACAAGAAUUAUGGCGCCUCAAAUCAAGAAGACAGGAAGGAAAAUCAAAGCCGGAAAUACUCCUGCUGAAAAACUUCCAAUUUAUGAGCCAAACAUCCCAGAACCGACGUCCCGAGAGGAGCUGCUCAAAUACUGGCUCAAUAUUUCAUUGGACGAACGAACUGCCAAUAAAGUGCUGUGGUUGACUGAGGGCGGGGCUAAAGUGUCCCGCAUGACAGAUGAGGUGUGUCCUUACCUGGACAGGCCAGAGAGAUUUGACCACAGUCCUCAGGUGCUAUGUAAGGAGUCUGUCUGGGCGUCGCGCUGUUAUUGGGAGGUGCUGUACUCUGGCUGGGUGGUUAUAGGAGCAGCAUAUGAGGGUGCUGGGAGGAAGGCAGGCGACGGUCCCUGUGGCCUCGGGGAGAACGAGGAGUCGUGGGGUCUGGGUUGGGCCGGAUCCUGCUAUGAAGCCUGGCAUAAAGGAACCAGCAGCAGAGUGUCAGACGUGCCUCAGUGCUGCACUAUAGGGGUGUAUGUGGAUCAGCCCGCAGGUCUGCUCUGCUUCUACACCGUGGAGACAGAUGAAGAUUCAAAGAAAAAAGAAGUAAAACUUCUUCACAGGUUUAAAAAUCCUAUAAAGGAGAAAAUUCUGCCAGGUUUCUGGGUGGGAAGACAGUCCUCUUGCUUAAUACUCAAGAAAGAGGAAUGAGGUAGAGGAGGAGACAUGUAAUACUGUGGCUUGUAUUAUAUUUUACACUGUAAAACCUCGUAUCAUCACUUUAUAUUUGAAAUUACUUUUUCUGUUUGAAAUUAAGAUACUGUUUGAAAUCUGUUUUUCAUUAUAUAGUCUGCUAAUGCCUUUUUUAAAUUAUGCAUUUUCAGGUUCACAAAUUUGAUUUUAAAAAUGCAUCAUGCAUAUCAUCAUUCUAGAAUUCUAGAAUUCAUUUAUGAAUUAAUUCUGAAUCAUUUUGCACAUUUCUUUGCCUCGAACCCAGGCAUGCAGCUGCCCUGUCCAGGUUUUUGCUCUUGUCGGCUCCUAAAAAUUGCUUCCUUCGCUUCCUGUGCACUUCACCCCCCCCCCCUUUUCUCACCUUGAUGCCAGCCUCUGUGACUCUGGGAUAGAAAAAAUUAUAAAAUAAAAUAAAAAUAUUCACAAUAACACAGCAAAAAGCGUAUUUUCAUUCAUUUGUUACUGCUGUGCCAACUCUUAGUAAUACUGUCACUUUUUUUGAUCAGCAAAAACACAAGCAGAUCACUGUUUAAUCUGUACAUAAAUGCAUUUCAUACAAGUGCUUCGAGUCAGUAUGAAGUGAAAAUGAAAAUUUUCUUUCAGCUGCUGUUAAUGGAUUGUAAUAGUUAAGAACAGCUGUGUUUAGCAGUAAAUGUGAACUGAAGCUCUUGGGGUUUGAACAUGGUCUCUGGAGACGGAGCUGCUCUAUUCUGAGACGAUCAGAAUCACUAAAGCUGUCAAUGCAAAUCUGAUUUUCAGCUCAAACUCACAGUUUCACUGUUUGAUCGGUUCAACGCUCUGAACUGGAUCAGUUUCACUUCUGCUCAUGGAGUGAUGAGACAGUUAUGAAGAUUGAGUGGUAGUUUCAUAAGAUUUUUAUAGCUCAUGAAUGAACUGUAAUGUAAUGUAAUGAACUGUAAUGAAGAAUGGAGUCUUUUUGCUGUAAGAUGAUGAAUAAACUAUUCAAGCAGCAACACCUUUAUAUCCUGCUGAUGCUCUUUGGAAUAAAAAUGUAUA